AAGGCUUGUGGAUACUAUUGCUAUGCUUCCUAAUUGGAUAAUCUAUUAUAUGGAUUUGGAUUAACUGAUGAAAUAACAGAUCCUUUGAAAAAUCGGAAAAUUGUCAAAACAGAGGACUGAAUAACAUUGCCACUACCAGAUAUAACAUAAAAUGCUAUACAUGACAACAUAAUACUUGAUAAAUGUAAGUUGAGUCGAAAGUUCAAUUAAUAUGGAGUCAUCAGGAGACAUUGGAAUAACAAGUAACAUCACAACACCACCUUCAUUACAAUACGGUUCAAUCGCCUUGGCAACAAUGAUAUCUGUCAUAGCAACAGUGGGGAAUGGUCUGAUAAUUCUAGUUAUUGUAAAGACAAGGAGUCUGCACACCCCUACGCACUACCUUAUAGGGACAUUAUCCCUGGCGGAUCUUCUUACAGGGUCUAUAGGAAAUCCUUUGCAUUUAUAUGCCAGUUUUGGACCCGAUGACUAUAAAUGGUGUGCAUUGUCCUAUACUGUGUUAAGUGUGUUUCUAAUGCUAUCAACAUUGACCGUGACCUGCAUAGCAGUAGAAAGGUACAUUGCGAUAAUGCACCCAUUUUUCUACAUUGAGUGGAUGACGAUUAAGAAAAUGUGUAUCACGAUUGCAUCGUUAUGUGUGUUUUCUGUGUUGGUUUUAGCCUACCUUCCUGUGUACUAUGGCGCCAUGGUCGAACACCCUGAUAGGUGCAUCUUCACCCUUGUGAUUCCUAGCACACUUGGGGUGCCGAUAUUCACCAUCGUUACACUCUUGUGUAUUAUAACUGCAAGUAUUUAUCUGAAAAUUCUACAAAUAGCUCGAGCCCAAGCGAAGAAGAUGCUCACAAUGGAAACAGGGUCAAAUGUAAGCUCGACAAAAUCCAUGAAAAAGGAAACAAAAACGACAAUAUUUUUAUGCUUUAUUGUGUUUUACUUUAUCUGUUCAUGGUCUUUGAAUAUCUGUAUCACACUGCUUGACUAUGCAAACAUUACGGCAAAGUUGUUUUGGUGGUAUGUGGCCAUGUUCCUAUCCAUUAGUAAUUCAGCUAUAAAUCCAGUGCUAUAUGGGCUAGGCUACCAAGAAUACAGGCGAGCAAUCAAGAGAUUAAUGCAUAACAGUUUAGGAAAUAAGACAAACGUUAUUGAUAUCUCCAUUACACAGACAGAUACAUAGCAGUAGAAUUCCAGGGUAGAAUCAUUUUAUUUGAAGCUCUUGUGGCUCCCCUUCACGAUAUACACAGACACCACCCACAUUGGAGUUAUUGAUCUUAUGACAAAAGACUGUUUCAUAAUAAAAAAUUGUAAUAUAAGCUUCGUGCUAAUGGAUGUUCCGAUACUCUUUCAUUAAAACUACUUUACAUUUAAAACAACACAUUGUACUUCGUGACAAUGCAUAGCGAAUGAUUGGAUUGCAAAUACAUCAAUUCCUUUAUUGUCAUAUUUUGUGAUUGUAUAAGUAAUAGGAUAAUGAGAGAAACAUUUCAUUGUGUUUGAAAAUUAAUACAAUUGUUAUGA